AUGGCAAUUUCACCUUUACCACCCCAGUCUCCAUCAACCGCGACGGCAGCUUCCGACACCGCAGUUAAGUUGAGAGCUGCUCAGAGCUCAGCCAAUUCCCAGGGCAAUACAUCUUCGCCUGCUAUCACGCACAGUACAGACCGUGAACUAACUGAACAAUUAAAUGACGAUGUGCGGCAUAAAUAUAUCAAAGGUGAGAUAUAUCGCCCUUCUUCAUUCAUGCUAAUGAUUCCCCUCAAAUGUCUUAUGGCACUACUGAACAAGUCGACAGACAAGAAGCUAGGGGAAGGAACCUAUGCUGUCGUAUACCUUGGUCAUAUCCGCGUCGAUCCUUCGUCCUUCGUGGCAAUCAAGAAGAUCAAAGUUAAUGCCGAAUACAAAGAUGGGCUUUCCAUGGAUGCAAUCCGGGAAGUAAAAUAUUUACAAGAACUGUCGCAUUCAAAUAUCAUAGCGCUCCAUGAUGUCUUCUCCUCCAAGGACCAAAAUCUCAACCUGGUUCUAGAGUAUUUGCCACGUGGUGACCUUGAGAUGCUCAUUAAAGACGGAAAUAUUCACUACGGCGCAGCUGAUGUUAAGGCGUGGAUGGGAAUGCUUGCUAGAGGUGUCUGGUUCUGCCACGAAAAUUUUAUUCUCCAUCGAGAUAUUAAACCUAACAAUCUCCUCAUUGCUGCCGAUGGGGAGGUGAAGCUAGCAGAUUUCGGCUUAGCUAGAUCAUUCGCUGACCCUUACUUGAAUAUGACACACCAAGUUAUUACACGCUGGUAUCGGCCGCCUGAAUUGCUUUAUGGAGCACGACAAUACUCGGGCGCUGUAGACGUCUGGUCCAUGGGAAUGGUUUUUGCGGAGCUCCUCUUGCGAGUACCGUUCGUCGCGGGGAGUUCUGAUCUCGACCAGAUAUCCAAAAUUUGCGAAGCAUUUGGCACGCCCACUGAAGACAACUGGCCAGGAGUCACUAGGCUGCCCAAUUAUAUACCCGCAGAUAAAAACCACAUUGUUUCUAUACAGGGUCGUGAAUUCUUCUUCAGACAGUUCCCAACUGCCGGUCCUGUCGGCGCAGAUUUGCUCAUGUCAAUGUGUACAUUGGAUCCAAGAAAACGGAGUACGGCACGUCAAGUUUUGCAACACAACUGGUGGUUCACUGAGCCCAGACCGACAAAUAAGGAAGAUCUCCCCAAAAAACGGGCGGAAUCCAGAAAAUGGGCAACGAUUUGA